AUGUCGACGGGGAGGAGGGAACUGAUAAUCCACUUCAAAAAGCAGCACUUACAUGCGCAUGUGCCCUCGAUACACCUACUUCACAUGCUAUAUACACGGCUAUCUUCGGGAUUCGGAUACAUUGAGAGCACAUGCAGGCUGCAUACAAAAACAUCAUCUUCUAACCAGGUUGCUCUUCUUCUUCUCAACAUCCACCACCGACUCUUCCCACAUUGUGGGUCUGAGAGGGGUAGCAACAUAGACUUGCAAGUUAUGCAUUUCUAUUCCAACAUGGGUUCGAAAGUGGGUGGAACACGAGCUCGAGCAAAUACAGCAUCGAGGGGCAACCGCAAGUGCUCUUCUUUUAGCCAGCUUGGGGGCGCAGGCAAAUCACCAGAAAGCUUUGAGGCAAGUUCAUUAUGCGACUACCAUGGCAUCGAACAGGAUCAAGAGCAUCAUCGACAGAGAGAUAGAAAGUCCUUCCCAGCAAACACACUUCAAAUACAUCCAAAGCCAAAUUCUCAUACAGUAAGAAUGAACCCAACAUCCCACCCCAAAACUUCCGGAUGGAUUCUGAUCGACGCACCAGAAAUCACCACCCUCCAUCUAUCUAUCUAUCUAUCUCCUCCUCCACCGAACCCUCCUCACCAUCCCCAACCUAUCCAUCUCCGCCCCAAUCCCCCAAACAUACACUCUCUUCCCACAACUCCCACAGAUCGCUCGGGUAACAUCCAUCAAACCCAGGAACCUCUCUCCCCUCUCCGUGAUUCCGCCGUGGGCCAGAGCCGAGUUAUUAAAAUGUACUCCAUAAGUCGGGCAGCUGGAAGAUCCGGUAGAAGUUCCAGGGCAAGGAGUUUUGAUGCCGCCGCAGGCUCUGCAGUGGGGACAAAUGAUUCGGGUGAGGAUGCACAUUGUUGGGGGGGGGGGGGGGGGGAUCCGAUAUGUAUGGGGCGGGAGGGUGGGAGUACUAGAGUUGAUCGGACUGAGCGCUUCGGAUCGACCUUUCUUUCGAUCGAUUUUGGGAGCUGGGCCGUCGCGUUGAGGGUUCACCAGCUCUAUAUUGACUCACGGUUGAGACAAGUAAUUGUAUUGAAGAGUGGUAGUGGCGGACGCAUGUCAUUUGCUCUUCGGCGUGAUCGGCAAGACAAGUUCGCAGCUAUGGGGAGAGCUUCCUCAUGGGGUCCAGGUAGGAUUAUACAGUCAUGGGAUAGAAUGCCAGAUUCUUAUUGUGGUCUUGCUUCCGCCACUCUCUUGAAGCAGAUAAGCUCUAAAGGUGUCAGGAAGGUAGUCAUCUCCACAGAAUUGCUCGGUAAUCGUUUUGCCAAUGACAUUCUUUCCAGUGACAAUGAUCAUACACGAGACGGUCCCGCCACUGAUAAGGGAGUUUUCCAUGCGAGACCCCUAAACUGUCGAGUUGAGAAUCCGAAUCCAAGUGCGGCCAUAUUGCUGACAGUUCAGCCUAUGAAAGGUGGAAUGCUGAAAACUACUCAGCCGCGGCGCUUAGGCAAAGGCUCGAGGCAGAGCUUGCUAUUUGGGUACACCGUGGCUGAGCGCAGUUCUCAUGCUCGCUAUAUGAUCUUGCUUGUGGGCCAACAUACAUUGAAAUUUGCUGCCGAAGAACGAACGCUCUUACCGAAUGUGAUAAGCAAAAAGAGGGACUGGACAUGA